GCACAAUUCUGGACAGGGAUGUCCAUGGCCAGAGGAGUGGUCCAGCUCCUAGAAGAUGAGGAGAGACCGGAGACACAGCCGCUGCCGCUGCCGUCCGGCCCGCUGCAGACUCCCGAGAACAGCCCUGGCUGUCAGCGGGCACCAGCCGCUUCCUGUCCCCAUCGCGGAGACUGGAGGGGCGCACCACGGCCACCGAGCCAGAGGCGCUUCAGGAGGCAAGAGAAGUCCCCGCGCGCUCCGGGGCCCGGCGCAGCUCAUGGUGAGCGCCCUCUGGGGCUCGAGGGUCCCUUGGCUGAGGGGGCGCAUCCUCGGGGUGCCCGAUGGGGCUGCCUGGGGGUCGCAGGGCUGAAGGUGGGACCGCGCACAGACCGCCCCUGCAGCCCAGCCCGAAAUGCUGCCGCCAGGAAGCAACGGCACCGCGUACCCGGGGCAGUUCGCGCUAUACCAGCAGCUGGCUCAGGGGAACGCGGUGGGGGGCUCGGCGGGGGCACCGCCACUGGGGCCCGCGCAGGUGGUCACCGCCUGUCUGCUGACCCUACUCAUCAUCUGGACCCUGCUGGGCAACGCGCUGGUGUGCGCAGCCAUCGUGCGGAGCCGCCACCUGCGCGCCAAGAUGACCAACGUCUUCAUCGUGUCUCUGGCCGUGUCAGACCUCUUCGUGGCGCUGCUGGUCAUGCCCUGGAAGGCAGUCGCCGAGGUGGCCGGUUACUGGCCCUUUGGAGCGUUCUGCGACGUCUGGGUGGCCUUCGACAUCAUGUGCUCCACCGCCUCCAUCCUGAACCUGUGCGUCAUCAGCGUGGACCGCUACUGGGCCAUCUCCAGGCCCUUCCGCUACGAGCGCAAGAUGACCCAGCGCAUGGCCUUAGUCAUGGUCGGCCUGGCAUGGACCUUGUCCAUCCUCAUCUCCUUCAUUCCGGUCCAGCUCAACUGGCACAGGGACCAGGUGGCCUCUUGGGGCGGGCUGGACCUGCCAAACAACCUGGCCAACUGGACGCCUUGGGAGGAGGACAUUUGGGAGCCCGACGUGAGGGCAGAGAACUGUGACUCCAGCCUGAAUCGAACCUACGCCAUCUCUUCCUCGCUCAUCAGCUUCUACAUCCCCGUGGCCAUCAUGAUCGUGACCUACACGCGCAUCUACCGCAUCGCCCAGGUGCAGAUCCGCAGGAUUUCCUCCCUGGAGAGGGCCGCAGAGCACGCUCAGAGCUGCCGGAGCAGCGGAGCCUGCGCGCCGGACACCAGCCUGCGCGCUUCCAUCAAGAAGGAGACCAAGGUUCUCAAGACCCUGUCGGUGAUCAUGGGGGUCUUCGUGUGUUGCUGGCUGCCGUUCUUCAUCCUUAACUGCAUGGUCCCUUUCUGCAGUGGACACCCCGAAGGCCCUCCGGCCGGCUUCCCCUGCGUCAGCGAGACCACCUUCGACGUCUUUGUCUGGUUUGGCUGGGCUAACUCCUCACUCAACCCCGUCAUCUAUGCCUGCAACGCCGACUUCCGGAAGGUGUUUGCCCAGCUGCUGGGGUGCAGCCACGUCUGCUCCCGCACGCCGGUGGAGACGGUGAACAUCAGCAAUGAGCUCGUCUCCUACAACCAAGACACCGUCUUCCACAAGGAAAUCGCAGCUGCCUACAUCCACAUGAUGCCCAACGCCGCUACCCCCGGCAACCGGGAGGUGGACAACGAUGAGGAGGAGGAGGGUCCUUUCGAUCGCAUGUCCCAGAUCUAUCAGACGUCCCCAGAUGGUGACCCUGUUGCAGAGUCUGUCUGGGAGCUAGACUGCGAGGGGGAGAUUUCUUUAGACAAAAUAACACCUUUCACCCCAAAUGGAUUCCAUUAAACUGCAUUAAGAAACCCCCUCAUGGAUCCGCAUAACCGCACAGAUAUUGACAAGCAUGCACACACACGCAAAUACAUGCCUUUCCAGUGCUGCUCCCUUUAUCAUGUGUUUUUGUGUAGUAGCUCGUGUGCUUAGAAACCUCACCCCAUUGAUUGGUAGUUCAAAGAAUUAGCAGAAGCAGUUGCAAUAAACUCAGUCAAAUAUACCCAGCCUACCAGAGAUGGACCAAUGAUCCUAUGAGAGAAGAGAGUAUGGUGCUGGGUCCUUAAAAAAAAAGUGAUACUUGGUCCUUAAAAAAUAUGCUCUCCCCUCCCUUUUUAAACAAAUGGCUUGUUCAGUCACUUGUUUGUGUUUGAAUUGAUUUUUAAACAGCAGGUUGUGUGUGUGUGCAGUGAUGCGGUGGGAGCACAGCUUUCCUGGGUCUGGAUUCCCGUGGCUUUGUGCUUAUGUCAUUACUUCUCUCUGUGCUGGUGGGGACCUCUUUACCAUAGCUUAAGAAGUCUCCCUGAUUUAUUCUGGUGUCUAAUAAACACAGAUUAUUUGUA